AUGAAUGUACGCGACCCCUUCGGUAUCCAUCGAAAGAACGCUCUAUCCAUCCUUAAGACCACCGUGCCACGUGCUGCCGUCAACUUCACCGAACGCGCCGUCGAGGCCAGUAUUAAUGCUCUCGAGAAAAGCAAGAAAGCCGUCGACGAUAUUGACAUGUCAUUUUCCGUCCCUAAAAAUGUUCCCUCGUUUAGCAACCCGCAGAGGAUAGUGGAGGAUCACGUCUGGGGCAACACAGCAGUCGCAAGAGGUAGAAAGGGUUCAAAUCCCAAAAACACUGGAAUACUUGGGGGCGUGCAAGAUAAGGUUGGAAGCCUCUUCGACGAUCGAAACUCUCUCCCCAUGUACAAGGACAAACCGUAUGCGUACCCGCCCUCCUACCGAGCCAGACCUCUCUGGCGGAGAAAACGGAUAAUUGGUCUUGUGCUCCUGGUGAUCCUGAUAUUGUAUUAUUUCGGUGUAUUCGGCAGUCACCGUGAUACCGUCGCCGCUUCAACUCCCAUAUGGGCCUGGCUUACUACUAACUCCGGAUCGGGGAGGUCUGCCGAUUGGUUGGGGCGGAGAGAACGCGUCGUUGAAGCUUUCACCCUAAGCUGGGACGCUUACGAACGAUAUGCCUGGGGUUAUGAUGAGUUUCACCCGAUAUCCAAGAAAGGUGACCAGAUGGCUAAGGGAGGAAUGGGGUGGAUCAUCGUGGAUGCUCUAGACACCAUGAUUCUGAUGAAUCUCACUUCCCGUGUCACUCACGCGAGGGAGUGGAUUUCAAAUACCCUAUCAUAUGACCAAGAUCAAGAUGUUAGCACCUUCGAGACGACAAUUCGUAUGUUAGGCGGCCUUCUCUCUGCUCAUUAUCUCUCUAAUGAGCUCCCCGAGCUGGCACCGCUAUCAGACGAUGACCCUGGAGCACCUGGAGAGGAUCUGUACCUCGAGAAGGCAAAGGAUCUCGCAGACCGACUUAUAUCUGCUUUCGAUUCUCCGUCUGGUGUUCCCUAUGCCAGCGUGAAUAUCGGGAAAUACGAAGGUAUACCAGCUCACGAUGAGGGUGGCGCAUCGUCUACUGCUGAGGCGACUACCUUGCAGCUCGAGUUUAAGUAUCUUGCCAAGUUGACCGGCGAGAAAUAUUUUUGGGAUAAAGCCGAGAAAGUAAUGGAAGUUGUUGAUAAUAACGGGGUCGAAGAUGGCUUAGUGCCCAUCUACAUUUAUGCUACGGAUGGUACUUUCAGAGGUCAAAACAUACGGUUAGGAAGCCGAGGAGACUCGUAUUAUGAGUAUCUUAUCAAGCAGUAUUUACAAACUAAUAAGCAGGAACCCGUUUAUCUAGAAAUGUGGGAUGAGACACUACGGGGAGUCCGCAAGCACCUCGUCACCUACACAGAGCCGUCUGGAUUCACCAUCAUUGGAGAGCGGCCAGAUGGUCUGAAGGGCGCCUUGUCUCCUAAGAUGGAUCACUUGGUCUGCUUCAUGCCGGGCACGAUUGCCCUUGCUGUCACGGGCGGUUUGACAGAAGCGGAGGCUAGGAAAAAGCCAACGUGGACAAAACAGAACGAGGCCGACAUGCAGCUCGCGAAGGAGCUGAUGCAGACAUGCUGGGGCAUGUAUAAGUGGAUGGCCACCGGUCUUGCGGCUGAAAUCACAUACUUUAACAUCGCCGACCCACCUGCGCCCGAAUCUGCUCCUCACCACCCACCAGCUGAAUUUGAUCCGGACCCCGAAGCGCAGUGGCGAAAAGAUUACUCGGUUCACUCUAUGGACACUCAUAAUCUCCAGCGGCCGGAGACUGUAGAAAGCCUCUUUUACAUGUGGAGAAUCACAGGUGAUAUCAAGUACCGAGAAUGGGGCUGGGAGAUGUUCAAGUCGUUUAUGAACCACACUGCUGUAGCGGAUGGCGGAGGGUUUUCGAGUCUUUCAAAUGCGAACAAGAUUCCUCCAAUAACGCGAGACAAUAUGGAAAGUUUUUGGCUGGCCGAGACUUUGAAGUACUUUUAUCUUCUCUUCUCUCCCAACGAUCUUCUUCCGUUGGAUAAGAUUGUCAUCAAUACCGAGGCACACCUUUUCCCUCGAUUCGACAUGGGCCAUCUAUUCUCGACGGGAUGGAAGCGGAAACCAAGAGACGCGGAAGGAAAGAUUAUCCAAUGA